AACACUUCUGCUCACAUCUUCAUCUCUCAAUAAUAGUACUUCCGGUUUCAGAUUCCUUUGCCCCCAAUCAGAUAAUACCCCUCCGGAGAAGAGUUCAGAGUCGAAUCAAGAAGAUAACAAGUGUUUGUCUUUGAGAAUUGAGAGGUUUGCCAAAGGAGAACCGGUUGGGUCCGCAUUUCAGAGAUGGAUGGGUGAUGGAAUGGGUGAUUAGAGAGAGACCCUACAGACCCAAGGAAUUAGACUAUUCUUAUCUGUUGGAAUUUACCACUAAAAUCCAUGGAAUAUCAGAAGGGGAGAAACUUUUCAAUCGUGUCCCUCGGGACCUCCAGAAUGAGUUGCUUUACAACAAUCUUGUGAUUGCAUGUUUGGAUAAAGGGGUGAUAAGGCUUUCACUUGAGUACAUGAAGAAAAUGAGGGAAUUAAGUCAUCCGAUCUCACACUUGGUUUUCAACCGUCUCAUAAUCCUCCAUUCAACUCCAAGCCGCAGGAAAAUGAUUCCAAAAAUCCUCCUUCAAAUGAAGGCUGAUAAGGUGGUGCGACAUAUCUCUACCUACAAUAUUCUCAUGAAAAUAGAGGCCAAUGAACACAAUGUUGAAGGCUUGGUAAAGGUUUUCAAUGAUAUGAAGAAAGCAGAAGUUGAGCCAAAUGAGAUAUCUUACUGCAUAUUAGCUACGGCACAUGUGGUGGCAAGAUUGUAUACUGCGGCUGAAGCCUAUGUUGAGGCUGUAGAGAAGGCUAUGACAGGAAAUAACUGGUCAACCUUAGACGUUCUAAUUAUGUUGUAUGGAUAUUUGGGAAAGGAAAGGGAACUAGAGAGAACUUGGCAGGUUGUAAAAGAGUUCCCCUGUGUUAGGCCUAAAAGUUAUAUGGUAGCAAUUGAAGCAAUGGGUAGAAUUGGGCAGCUAAAUCGAUCUGAAGAACUUUGGUCGGAAAUGAAGUCAGAGAAAGGGUUGAAAUCAACAGAUCAGUUCAAUUCUAUGAUAUCUGUGUAUUGCAAACAUGGAUUAAUUGACAAAGCAACUAGAAUUUACAGAGAAAUGAAGACGAAUGGUUGCAAAACAAACUCCAUUACUUAUAGACAUCUUGCUUUGGGAUGUCUAAAAGCAGGAUUACUGGCAGAAGGCUUGAAGACACUAGAUUUGGGUAAGAAUCUGCCGACAAGCAAAAGGGUAAGAAAUUCAACUCCGUGGUUGGAAACCACCCUCUCAAUGAUUGAGAUAUUUGCAGAAAAGGGUGAUGUCAAGAAUGCUGAGAAAUUGUUUGAAGAACUGAAAGAAGCCAAGUAUAUCAGGUUUACUUUUGUUUACAACACCUUGGUCAAGGCUUAUGUUAGGGCUAAAAUUUAUGAUCCCAAUCUUUUGAAAAGGAUGAUUCUUGGAGGAGCUAGGCCAGACGCUGAAACAUAUAGCUUACUAAAACUUAUUGAACAUUUUGGAACUGGAUCUCAUGAUUGAUGGCCAUGUACACCAUGUACUUAUUCAUUACAAUUGAUUCUUGUUCCUAGAAGCUGGAAAUUUGUACCAUAGUUUUUCUGGCGAAAAUUUUGUACCGUAGUCGACGAUUAAAAAAAUGACAGAUUU